AUUAAUUUUUACUCAGACUCAUCAUUUGACUUAACUCUUCCUCAGGUGCUCCAUAUCAUGAACCGAAUGAAUUUACCAGUGCCUUUUGUCGAUCCAGACACAUAUGCAGGUUCCGUUAACGUAGUUCCAAGUGAAGUGCUUCUCAAUAGCUUAAAGACAAAAAUGGACAAUACUUUACCUCCUGAAACGACCUCCAAUUUAGCUAGCGCUUAUAUGACAAGUUCCGAGGAGCAUAUGGAUCUCUCCAGUGGUUCUGAAUCAGAACUCUCUUCAGACGACAUGCCACGAGCAGGAAGAAGACGUGGUUGUAAGCAUCCUUUCUCUAGACUGGCCGCAAAACGACUCAAGCCAACCAAAUCCACCCACCUCGGCGACUUAUCUGUUAAGCGUCUGUCUGGCUCCGGCAAACGAACCGCAAUCCCUUUUAACCAACUAUUUGAACCCCCGACGCCUAGUGUCGCUCUGAAAAUUAACGUAAAUACUGAUUCCUUUGAGAUACUGCAACAAAAACACAAACAAUUAGAAAAAGAGGAGUCUCAAGAUCCGACCAUUUCUAUCGGCUUUGGUAUCCUAACUCUUCAACCGAAAUCCCCUCCCGUCACCCUCAAUCCUGUCUCACCUAGCAGUCCCCAGCCCUGCAAGGACCCUGAUGCUUUAUUCCCUUUACGAAAAAGCGAGUCAUCUCAACCAUGA